AUGUCUAUCCUCGAUGAGUUCAGGACUCGCAAUUUCAGCAUCUACGGACAGUGGUUCGGCAUCCUGUCCAUGAUCAUCUGCUUGGCUACGGGCAUUGCCUCCAUCUUCACCACUCACCCGCUGCUCAUCAUCUUUUGCGCCCUGGCCAUCGUCUCGGCCUUCAUCAUCCUCUUCAUCGAGGUCCCCCUUCUGCUCCGCAUCUGCCCUACCUCGUCCAAGUUCGAUGCCUUUAUCCGCCAGAUCACGACAAACUACCUUCGCGCCGCCGCCUACGCCGUCAUGGCCGUCAUACAGUUCCUCAGCACCCUCGUCACCGGCAGCAGCCUAAUUGCCGCGGGGGUCUUCCUCAUCAUCACGGCCAUCUGCUACCUGCUUGCUGCCAUCAAGGGACAGGCUUUUGUCGGGAGCAAGACGCUCGGCGGCCAGGGUGUCGCCCAGAUGAUUGUUUGA